CACGCCCCGCCACCCCCACCGGCCUUCUUCUUGGCCGCCUUAUCCACCUUCUUGGCCUUCUUCUCGGCCUUCUUGACCUUCUUCUUCUCCUCACGCGUCACCUUGGACUUGGGCUCGGGCUCUGGGGCGCGAGGGACACCCAGGGCUACUCGGGCGGCAUCCUCCUCGAGCUUGUCGAGCGCCUUCAGGUUCUUGAUGGUGGCAAUUUUGUCUCGCCUCGUUGAGACGAGCGACCCUGGGCCGAGGCUUGACAUCGGGCUUGGAUUCGAGGUUCGACACCGUGUGGGGUGUUGGGAGCUGCGCGGUGCUGGGUCGGUGUCGAUAUCUUUUGCUUCCGGUUUUGGCAGAGUCGGUUAGCGGUGCGAGAUGCUUCUUUUGUGAGAUGUGCCCCUGAGGUUGUCUGUUGUAAAAACUGGUAUCAAUGUGGGAAAACUAGCAGGAGGGCGCGGCUGCUUUUAUAUCCAUUUUCCGAGCAGCGCGGUUCACUCGCUCUAGAGCUACGAAUGACCUACUUUCUGGGAAUAUAACAUCGACUCACGGC